CCCAGAUCUACUCAGCUCCCUUGGAUUCGCGUGGGAAACUGCUCUAUGUCAGUGGCUUAUCUCGUCCUACUAUUGACGUGGGAAGGGCCUGGCCACUUGUCUCAUAGCCGACAGGGCUGCAGAACAGGAGUGCCACCCAGAGCUUGGAACGACUAAUCAUGCCCUCCACCGACGCAGAGCCACGCCUAUCUUCGGCCUCUCUUCCACCUCUGAUUCCCUCUCAUUCCCUUCGCUGCCAUAUUACCCCUGCAUCAAGGAUUACCAACAUGGAUGACGAUUCCACCAUUCAGUUUCUGGCGGCAAGGUCAAGAAAGGUGCGUCCUUACCCCACAGCUCGUCUGAACAAUAAGGGCGGGGGCGCCGUCUGUCUCCUUAACAUGUGCACAAAAAGAAGAAAAUAUCCUCCGUCGGGCUGACCGUUCAAAUGAUAUGUCUACAGCGUUCUCAUCGUCAGUUGUCUGACUCAGAUUACAGUAAUAGUCAGCCUUCCUGGCGGGAAAGAGGUGAAACGUCCAGCUCCUCCCGUCGUCCCAAUCCUCACUCCGAUCCUCACUUAUCUCUCCCGCCAUUGCCACCACGAUAUGUUGGCGAUGGGUUCGACUUUCGACGGCCCAUAAUGUCGAGACCUCAUCAGAUGCAGGAGGAAGUCAUUGAUUUAACGAAUGAACCCGACUCUCCACCACGACGUACUCGUCACCAUGAUCCGCAACACUCUGGGGCUACUACUCCACAUCGGGCAAGACCCCCAAGAUUUGGAAGGAACAUAAUGGACGAUGUUGUUGUGGAUUUAGAGGAAGAAACUCAAGCCCCCAUCAAUCUCUCUAGCAGCCCUGAAGUACAGUACAUGGGGGGGCCUAGAAGCCCAGAAGUGGAAUUCGUGAGAUCUACAGUUCGGCCAGCACCCCUUCCCCGAAGGCCUCCUACUUUUAUCAGUCACACAGAUAUUCUGAAUAUGUUACGACUCCGUGUUCCGAUUCUUCCGGAUCGUGAGGCGACAAUCAGGCAAGAAGUUGCCCGGAGAGCCCGGAACCUCCCACACCGGCCGCCCCAAGAAGUCGAGACCCUCUGGAUUGAUGGGCCGAGAAGUGAUCUUGAUCUCGCCGUCGAUCUGACUUUUGAAUUUCCUGAUAUCACGCCUGGCUUUGAUUCUACAAGGCGGCCCCCCUCCUACAAGCCUCCAAGCCCUGCGCCCGAAGGUUUCACCAGAAAUGCCCGAGAUAAUGACGUUGUUGUAUGCCCAAAUUGUGAUGCAGAACUUGGAGUAGGCGAUGAGAUCAAGAAACAGAUUUGGGUGGCCAAGCAAUGCGGCCAUGUCUACUGCGGUGAAUGUGCCACAAAUCGUUCACUAACGAAAGCCAAAAAGGCUGUCUCAUCAUCACAGACAAGAGCAAAACCAUUUGCUAAAUGCCAAGUUGCUGGUUGUGGGAAGUUGGUCAGCUCACCCAAGGCAAUGUUCCAAAUAUAUUUAUGAUCUUGGGGAACGUUUUGGCAAGACCAACGCUGCGACAGGCAUUCGGAAUCAUAUUAGCAUAGCAGGGGUGUUCAUGGUUCGGCCUGUAAGGGAGGGUGAAAUUCUGGUCUUUGACUGCUUUUUCUCAGCUUUGAUACCCAGGGGAACACCUGUCAUAGCAUAUUCCAAUCUGGCGUUUCAAUAUUAUGGGGGGAUUUAUUAGUCUCCCUAUGGGUUAUGGAUUAAUUG